CCGUCAUAUUGGGUGAAAUUUUACAAUUAAAAAAUCCAAACGGAUAAACGCAACAGUUACUUAACCGCCGAAAGCUUUCCCAAGCAAAACUAACUGUAUAUGCUAAGGGCUGUUAUCAAAUACCCACACGUCCAGUUGCUACCCUAAUCAGGGCCUAUUGAACAGGGAAUCUGAACUUUCACGACGGUAAAUAACUUGAGUUGCAAAGGAGAUGGGUCCACGCAAAACAGCACAGAGGAAGAGAAAGGAAAGAAACCCAACUAAAAUACAGGAAACUGAAGACUCUGAAUUAAGUGACUCAUCAGAUGACAGCACCAUAGCAGUGGUGUUGGGAAAGAAAGCCAGGACAAAAAAACUAAAAAAGUAUAUUGGUGCGCAUGUCUCUAUAGCAGGAGGCAUAUGGAAAGCAGUUGAAGCAAGUGUAGAAAUGGGGGGUCACAGUUUUGGAUUAUUUUUGGGUUCCCAACGCAAUUGGAAAAGACCUGCCCUCGAUUGGACCGCUGCAGAGAAAUUCCAGCAGGCGUGUUUUAAUCACGGCUUUGACCCAGAACACAUUCUGCCACAUGGAUCUUACCUGAUGAACUGUGGCUCUCCCAAGAAAGAUGUGUUUAGUAAGAGCCAGGCCUUGCUGGUUGAUGAACUUAGGCGCUGCAAUAUUUUGGGCCUCACUCAGUUCAACUUCCACCCUGGGGCUUUUGUGAACUCAAGCAAAGAGGAGUGCAUUGAAAGGAUCGCCCGAGCUAUAAACCAUGCUCACCAGAAAGUACCUUCAGUCUGUACUGUUCUUGAAAAUAUGAGUGGACAGGGAAGCACUGUGGGUGGAGAUUUUAAUGAGCUGAAGAGCAUAAUUGACCGCGUUCGAGAUAAGACACGUGUUGGAGUAUGUCUAGACACGUGCCAUGCAUUUGCAGCAGGUUAUGACAUUUCUUCAAAGGGUGGAGUAAAGUCUGUGCUUGACGAAUUCGACCAUGUGGUUGGACUGCGCUACCUGAGAGCAGUUCAUCUCAAUGAUUCAAAAGGUAAUUUGGGUUGCCGUUUGGAUCGCCAUGAGGACAUUGGCCGUGGAAAGAUUGGCAUCUCUGCUUUCCGAAGCAUUGUGAAUGAGCCCCGACUUGACAACAUUCCUUUCAUUCUUGAGACACCUGGCCGCCGAGGUUUUCAAUAUGCUGAGCAAAUAGAGCUCCUGUACUCCUUCUGUAAGCACUAGAAUGCAUGGGGGCUUCUUCAAUGGAUAAUAAUAAAUAUUCCUGUGUUCUGUUUUGUGUUCUGUUGUGUUCUACUCUAAUACUGUACAAUUCAUACAUAUAAACAAUAAACAUAA